AUGAGCAGUGGGACCAGGCAUACAGUUGUGACAUCUGCACGCAGCAGCAGUGGAAGCUGCAAUCUUGGUGGGGGAAGAAUCGGGGUUUCCACGGCCUCCUCUGGACGGCACAACUCCGGCGGGAUAGGUGGCGGGACAGCUGACUUCUCCGGCCGGAGCCCCAUCGGGGGAGGCUCCCCUUGUUCCCACGGAGCGGGAAGGAGCCAUUUUUCAAGCGGCAGCUGCAGCGGGGGGUUUGGUGCUGGGGUACACGUGGUGGGAGGUGGUGGGUUCGGUGCGGGCUCUGUCGGGAGUGCAGUAGGCGGUGCUCACGCAGGCAUGGUGGGUGGUGCUCACGCAGGCAUGGUGGGUAAUGUGAUUGGCGGCGCCCAUGCUGGUAUGAUGGGUGGCCAUUGUGGCAUGGUUGGGGCUAUGCCUGCUGGUAUGGUCGCUGGCAUGGGUUCUGUAAUGGCUGGUGGCCAUGCGGGCAUGAUGGGCGCUCCUUGUGCAUUUUCCAGUGGUGUGGUUGCCGGCCCUGGUAUGGUUGCCGGCCCUGGUAUGGUUGCUGGCCCUGGCAUGGUUGCUGGCCCUGGUAUGGUUGCUGGCAUGGGUGGUGACCCGAUGUCUUGUGGUGGCAUUUUCACUACCCUUGAUGGAAAGAUGACCAUGCAGAACCUCAAUGACCGUCUGGCCAGUUACCUAGAUAAGGUCCGAUGCCUGGAGGAUGAAAAUGCCAUGCUCGAGACCCGGAUCAGGGAAUUUUAUGCUAAACAAGGACCUCUCUCUGAACCAAAGGAUUACAGCCAUUAUCACCAACAAAUUGAAGAUAUUAAGAACCAGCUCAUUUGCACAAGCGUGGAAAACAACAAACUCCUUCUGUGCAUUGACAACAGCAAGCUGACUGCUGAUGACUUCCGAACCAAGUAUGAAACUGAAUGUUGCCUCCGUCAGAACGUGGAGGCCGAUAUUAAUGGCUUACAUCAAAUCCUGGACCAGCUGACAGCCUGCAGAGCUGACCUGGAGAUACAAUGCGAGAAUCUGCAGGAUGAACUGUGUAGCUUGAAGAAGAACCAUGAGGAGGAAAUAACCUGUCUGAAGAACCAAUCAACUGGUGAUGUUAAUGUAGAAGUCAAUGCCUGCCCUGGUCCGGAUCUGAGGAAGAUCCUAGAAGAGAUGAGGUGCAAGUACGAAUCGAUGAUUGAAGCCAACCGUAAAGAAGUUGAAACCUGGUAUGGAUCCAAGAUUGAGGAGGUGAAUCGUGAUGUUUGCACCAGCAGUCAGGAGAUUGAACAGAGCAACAAUAAGGUCACUGAGCUGAGACGCCAACUGCAAGCCCUGGAGAUUGACUAUGAAGCCCAAUGCAGCCUGAGGGACACCUUGGAAGCCUCGCUGGGCGAAACGGAGCAUCGCUACAACAGCCACUUGGCUGAUCUUCAGGAACGCAUCUCUGCCCUGGAGCAACAGCUGGCAGAGCUCCGGGCCGAAAUGGAGUGCCAGAACCAGGAAUACACGGAGCUCCUUGACGUCAAAAGCCGGCUGGAGCAGGAGAUUGCCACCUACCGCUGCCUGUUGGAGGGUGGACAGCAUGACAUUGUAGGAGGAGCAGGAGGAGCAGGAACUGCUAGAGCCAGUGGUGGGUCGAGCAGUGGACGAUCCGGAGAGGUUCGGACAUCCCAUACUUACAUGACACAUUCUGCGGGGCAUUCAUACCAUGGAGGCCACGUACACCAUUAGGUCUCAAGAAGGGAGUACAUGAGGAACUGAUGGAGAAUGGACAGUUCUAAGAUAACCUGGGCACCUCCCGGU